AUGAGUUCAAACAAAAAUGACGAUAUAAUUUCGGAGAAAAUAUUGAAUACGGCGAGGAAAAAUCCAAAGGGAAUAUCAGAUAAGGAUAUUUUGGCCGCGGUGCCUGAACUUUCUUCCGCAGAGCUUGUAGCAGCAAUUAAUAAAUUAUUGCAGCAAGGGCUAUUUGAUUUGUAUAACCAAGGAGGUGCCUUAAUAUACAGGUUAAAAGCUCAGUCUUCUAAGCAAGCAGUAAAGGGAGCUGACAAUGAGGAAAAAGUAGUUUUCAAUUUAAUUGAAGAAGCAGGUAAUAAAGGAAUAUGGAUAAGAGAUAUAAGAGUGCGCUCUAACCUAGCUAAUACACAGUUAACAAAAGUUCUGAAAAGUCUUGAAAGUAAAAAAAUUAUAAAAGCAGUGAAAUGUGUUAAUGCAUCAAAGAAAAAAGUGUAUAUGCUUUAUAAUUUGGAGCCAGACAGAUCUAUAUCUGGUGGGGCAUGGUAUCAAGAUCAAGAUUUUGAAUCAGAAUUUGUAGACAUUCUUAACAGACAAUGCCUUAGGUUCCUUCAGCAAAGAGCAGACAAAAUUAAAAACAACCCUAAAGGGCCCAUCAUAGGACGGACACAAUCAUUUGCAUCUGCAGUAGAAGUACAAAAAUAUAUAACUGACUUGGGUAUCAGUAAUGUAAAGUUAGAGGUAGAAGAUGUUAUAACAAUACUGAAUACUUUGGUGUAUGAUGGCAAAGCAGAGAGCAAUGUGUUUCCUGAUGGUAGCAAGAUGUAUAGAGCUAUUGAAUCUCUUAUACCUCCACCGGGUUUGGUACAGGUGCCAUGUGGUGUCUGUCCACUUAUUUUUAAAUGUUGUUCGACUGGACUUAUAACACCACAGGCAUGCAAAUAUAUGGAUGAAUGGCUUGAAAAU